AUGCCUUCACAGCUGGAUGAGGAAAUGGCCAAGUUCAAGGAAUACGAAGCAACGACGAGAGCAGAACAGAACCAACAGCUUCGCGACCGCGCGAAACGCCAGACGAUCGACUCGACUCAGUUCUUCGAAGGGGCGACGAAGGCAUUGGAACGCUUCAACAGCUAUGGCCUAGUGCUAAACGAUGCUGUGCAGAGGGCCUUGGUCACAGCUAGAGAAACACGGCAGCUAUCAAGCAAAGGGAAGCUACGGGCUACAUGGGUACCUGCAGAUAUCGAAGCAGCAAAGAAGUUACUGAAUGAAGCACAGAAGGCACCCGGCGAAAGCAGUCCAGACCCGGUUCUUCCAUGUAUUACGGCAGCACCGGACCCGGAUGACUCGAGCCGUGUUCUAUCCCCGCAAAGAAUUAAGAGUGGUGAUCGUACCGAGCCUGCCCUGACAGGAAAACGGCCAUCCCUAGAGCCACCGUGGACUGAACCUGGAGCUAAGCGAAUGCGCGUUGAUGGGCUGGGUUCUGGGGAAUCUAUGCCCCCACAACCUAGAGCUCUCCGGGACUCCUGUCAACCGGUCGAGUCAAUCGAGAAUAGCGCUUAUCCGGAAGAAGCUGUCGUGGUCCACGACGAUGUGACGCCCACGAAGCUCCUAUUCGAGAUGUCCGAAGCGUCGUUGAAACGUCUUCAACCCGGGGGGUGGCUCGACGACUGUGCGGUCUACGCAGCAUUCCAGAUCAUCAAAUACGCAGCUUCAAUCGACGUUGUUGAUUCCUUGAAGACCACCACGAAGCUGCCUUGGUCCAGCAGCGAGCAGGUUUUUGCCCCUAUACAUACUGAUGGCAACCACUGGGUCCUUGCGGUCAUCAAGAAAACCAGGAAAGAUGUUGUCGUGUAUGAUUCACUGCCAUCGCUGUCGUCUAGGGAGAAAAUCGAGGCUCAAAUUCGAAGACAUCUCCAACUAAAUCCCCGGACAGGUUACAGCUUUAUGUUCACAGGUCCGCUACUCCAAACCAAUAGUGCAGAUUGUGGGUUAUACGCCAUAGCAGUAGCCUUUUACCUAUCUGUGGGUGUCCGGUUUCCCGAGGCAAUUGACGGCUCAUCUUGGCGAGGAAUGCUAUCAACACUCUUGGGCCCAUUGUCAGAUUCUGCCCGACCGGCUCCCGGCGAUAGUGAAUCACCCCGGCAGUCAAGUUUUACGAAAGCGAAAAGCAUCACCGACCUGUCUACGCAAUUGGCCGAGGCAUUUAGGAACCAAAAGGAGCGAAUCAAGAUUCUCGACCGUGACAGCACCGUCCUGGAAAUUCUUCAACGAUUGCACGAAAGACAUUUCGAUAAUGACGAGGUGGCAUCCCGCCUGUCUUCAGCCAUAGACUUCUGCAAAAUGCGGGAAGCAAAGCAACAUAAGUUGAUGCAUGAACUUAAGGAGGUAGUGUCGCAAGCAAGAGAGAUGAUAGAGGUCUAG